AUGUGCUGGUGGAUUGGUAGAAGGGAGUAUUUACGGAUUAUUAUUCAUCUUAACCCGGACGCUAGCAGACCAUACUACGCUAGUGGUAGUAAAGGGGUUAGACCUUAUUUUAUUUAUCUAUCUAUCUAUCUAUCUAUCUAUCUAUCUAUCUAUCUCAGCCUGUUCUUAAUCUAUCUAUUUAUCUAUCUAUCUAUCUAUCUAUCUAUCUAUCUAUCUAUCUAUCUAUCUAUCUGUCUGUCUAUCUAUCUAUCUAUCUAUCUCAGCCUUCUGUUGGAAGCUCCUCCAUUCUUGUAUUCUCUUCGACAUUUCAUCUUUCCAUCAUAUUCUUCCUUUUUUCCUCCUCUUCUUCUUUCUCUAUGUUCUUGUUUUUCUUUUUUUUUUUUAGUCGUUCUGAUUGUCUUUCUAUUUUUCUUCCUUCCCUUUGCACCUUUUUCUUCUUCUGGUAGCCCUCCUUGCUUUGAUUCUUCGUUCUUUCGCUUCUCUUUCCUUCUCUCUCUACCGUUUUCUGUUUUUCUUCUCUUUCUUCUUCAUCUUCUUUUUGUACAUUUAUUAUGUUUUCUUUUCUCUCCUUUUCUCUCAUUCAUUUUUUUAUUUUAUUUCUUUUUUUUUCCCUUCUCUUUUCCUCCUUUUCGGAAAUUCCAUCAUUCAACAUUUUUUUCUUUCGUCUUUCCUUUGUCCUUUCUUUUUUUCUUCCUUCCUCCCUUUCUUUUGUCUAUCUUUCUUUCUUCCUUCUUUCUUUCUUCCUUCUUUCUUUCUUUCUUUCUAAUGUUUUAUCUGUCAACCUUUCCCAGUUUUCACUCCUUAGUUUUUUUCAACAUUCUCUGUCUGUUUGUCUCUCUGUCUCCGUCUCUGUCUCUCUCUCUCUCUCUCUCACUACUUUCCUAUUCCCCGCUCUAUAUUUUCUCCCUUAUACUCUUGCUUCCUUUUGCCUCUCCCUUGUAUGCAUGUUUCCUUAUGUCUCUCUGUUAUAUAAAUACUGACGCCUACCAAUGCGCCAUUUUUUCUCGUCCUUUCUCUCUUUGUCUCUUUCAAUCUCCUCUGCUCUCACUCUCAAUAACGCUCUCUCUCUCUCUCUCUCUCUCUCUCUCUCUCUCUCUCUCUCUCUCUCUCUCUGAUUUUCAUUGUGCAAGGACAGGGUGGGUUGCCUUUCUCUAUUUUCUUUCCAAUCUCCUAAAAUUCCAGCCGAAGUUUCCCGUCAUCUCGAUGAUCCUCUCUCUCUGCCUCUCUAUCGUUAUCCAUUCAUCCAUCCAUCUCUUGACCAUAACGAGCCCCGUGCUGACUCGUGUAAAGCCUGUAUUCAUUCCACCUGGCCUCAGUUCGCACCGCCAACGAACGAAUCGCAUUAAUCUAAUCUAUUUUCAUUAUAAUAACGCUCGCCGCCUUUGA